AUGUCGUCUGAUAUCGUUCCAGCUCAGCAUCUCGAUAAAUUGCGGCGUUUCUGUGAAGCAAGACUUCCGCCUGGUUUCCCUGUGCGUGUAGAGAUUCCCUUGCUCCCCUACGAUAUCGGCUCGGACAAAAUCUUUUUCGUGCCGACAUCGUAUCGCGAGGAUCCAACGAGAUUCCCGGAUUUAUGA